UAUGUACCAAGGGCGUUACGGACCUUAUAAUGCCCUGAGGGCCGAACUAGCCCGAGGGCCUUUGGCCCGAGGGAUAGGUUUCGGCCUGAUGGGCAUUAUUAUCUCCGUAACGCCUGUGGUGCAUACAAUGCUUUAUGUUUCACCUAAUAGCCUUACCAUUUAAAAAAAAGUAUAUUUGUACCGGUUUGACGUAAUUUGUUAAUUUCUGAUUUUAAUCUGACGUGACUUUGACUCCUGUCAAUGAGCAGUAAUUUAUUGCAUAAAAUGGAAGAAAUUCCAGAAAAUAUUAUAAAAAACGCUGCAAAAGCUACGGAAGAUUUGUUGCCGAUAAAGUCAAGGGAAUAUUAUGAUAGAGAGUAUGGCAUAUUUAUUAUUUGGAAGGAUAAAAAUGCCAUUGCCAUCAUUAAUGAGACUAUUUAAAGUACCUCUUCAAAAAACAAGGUUGCUGAAAUGAUUGCGAGUUCAGUAUCUUCACGGGAACAUGUAGCAGGGAAUUCUUCAAUAGAAUAUCAUUAACAUCAGGAACUAAGGGAAGAAUGUUCGUUAUCAAACAUGUGCGAGACACAGAAGAAGAUCACUCCUAGAAGCUCGGACCAUUCUGUUGUCGGUUCAGCUUAAUUUUCAGGGACGUUUGAAAAUUGUAAUUUUUAUUUUGGAGAUAAAGUUUAGUUCACGGGUA